AUGCGUCGCGCCCUCAACCUGCGCCUCGCCCUCCAGGCCACCGCCAUAAAGGUCUCGGCCAACUUGGUCGUCCAGCUCAUCAAGCACUACAGUACCCCUGGCCAGUCCACCUUUGACUGGCAGCAGGUCCUUGAGUUUGCCAUCUAUGGCUUCAUCGGCUCUCAGAUCGGCAACAUCAUUCAGUUCGUCCUCGAGGACUGGUUCCCCACUGGCAGCUCCCAGCCCAGCGGCGAGGUGCUGCCUAGCAUCCAAGGCGACGUGAAGCAGCUGGAAGAGAAGAAGGACGACGAUACCGUGGUCCAUGAAAAGAAGCGGUCAUGUCUUAACCUCAGCCCUGACAUAAUAUGGCGCAAUAUCCUGGCCAAGCUGGUACUCGACCAGACCAUUGGCCUCGCCAUCAGCGGCUCCGUCUUUCUCAUCUGUACAAACAUCGCCCGCGUACCGCACCCCAAUCUGGUUUUUCUCGUCAUCCGCGAUAGGUUAUGGCCUCUUGUCAAGGCGGGCUGGCAUAUCUGGCCACUGGUGGCCGUCUGCAACUUCCUCUGGGUUCCGGUACGAUCGAGAGUGCUGGUAGCCGUGUGUGUGGGAUUUGGGUGGAGCAUAUUCUUGAGCAUCUUUGCUAUGAGGAAGUGA